AUGAAGUUCACCAUCCUCACCUCCGCACUCUUCCUCGCCAGCGCUGCCAUGGCCAACCCCGAUGGCAUUGACGUGAACUCCAUCGUGUCCGCCGCCGAGAGCGUUGCUUCUGCCGCUGCCUCCGGCGGCCAGUCCAUUGGCUCCGACGUUGUUGCCGAAGCUACCUCCCUCGCCAACGCCGCCUCGACCGGUGGUGCCGCUGCCGUCAGCUCCAUCACCAAGGAUGCUGCAUCCAUUGCCUCUGCCGCCGAGACUGCUGGUUCCUCUAUCAAGUCUGCCGGCGAGUCCAUUGGCUCCGAUGCUGCCAGCCGUGCCUCCACCUGGGUCAGCCAGUUCACUACGACCAACUCCAACGGCCAGACUACCACCGUUGCCUCCACAAUUACUACUGCUCCUUCUUCUACUACCGGCACUGCUACCUCCUCCAGUGCUUCCUCUACUAGCACUGGUGGUGCUAUGGCCCGUCCUGAGGCUAUGGGUGCUGCCUUUGCUGGUAUGGCUGGUAUGCUCGGUGUUAUGGUUGCCCUGUAA